GAUCUUUUUAAUCAAAGAUCCAAGGAGGGCAACGGAAAGAGAGAAGAGACCAGAUUUACAGGAUGAGGAAGACUCUGCUUCUUGUUUUCACCUUCUCAUGGGUUUAUGUUCUGUGUAUAGACCUGUAUCCAGAGUACCACUAUGUGAACAUCCCAAAGACUUGGGCCAAAGCUCAGCAGCACUGCAGAGAGAUGUACGACGGCGACCUGGCUACAGUAAGCAGCUCAGAGGAAAACAAUAGGUUGAUCACCGUCCUGCAGGAAACUGGAAAGUUUGCUUGGAUUGGGCUUUAUGAUAACACCACGAGUUGGAAGUGGACCAUGGGGGAUGCCGACUUUAAUAUACAAACGAAAGAUGGUUUUCCACCCUGGCAACAUCAGCCAGACAACACACAGGGCAAUGGGAGCUGCAUUGUGAUAAAUCUUCACGGAGGUUGGUGGGAUUUCUCCUGUGAGGUAAAGCACCCUUUUAUCUGCAUUGAUGAAAAAGCUGCUUCUAAAUACAUCGUAGUUGAAACAUCUAUGGUUUGGGAAGAUGCUAAGAACUACUGUAGGUCCAAACAUACAGAUCUUCUCAGAGUGUGGAACUUGUCUGAGAACAACAAAAUCCACGCACUGAUCCAAAAGCAUCACUGGAUCGGUCUUUACCGAAACCUCUGGGCUAAGUGGUCUGAUGGACGUCUGGCUACCUUUAAAAAUUGGGAAGCUGGCCAGCCUGACGACGUCUCAACUUCCUGUGCUGCGGUCAAAACAGACACAGGAACAUGGUGUGAUGUUGACUGUAAUGAAGAGCACGAGUUUAUUUGUCAGAAACCGAUUACCAACAAGAGGUUAAAGCUGCGGUUCCAGUCUGAGGCCGACCUGACCGACCCUAACAUCCAGCAGCAGAUUUUAGAGCAGCUGCACGCUAAAAUGGAGGCUAACGGUUUAACAGACUUCAAGCUCCGCUGGACUGAGAUGGACGGGAAGGUUUUUAAAAAGGAACCAAAGAGAAAAACAUGAGGAAAGUCCCUCCAUUUUCAGUUGGUGAAACAAAAUCCAUGUGAUUCUAUUCUAAGCUGCAGUAGUUCAUAUCAUAAUGGUCCACUUCUCUGGAAGUCUCUUCUGCAACAUCAUAGGUUAAUGUCUCAAGCCUUUAGUUAAAGAAUUACUGUAUUUAGUAGUUGCUUUUUAAAUUAUAUAUUUAUAUGCAUUUCUUUUAUUAUUGUUGUUUUAAAAUAUUCUUA